AUGCGGGCACUGGUGCGGGUGAACAGCCGAGGGUCUGCCCUCGGGGGCACUGCCAGGGGAGCCCAUCGCACGGGGGGCUGGCGUGGGGAGCGCUGGCGAGGGUGGGGCGGGGGCUGCUGUGGGCGCACAGCGACGGGGGGCGUCCCACGGGAGCUGGGCGUGGGCAGCGCUGAUGGGGGAACCCCGGGCCUGGCAUGGGGGCAUGAGGGACAGCAGCCCCUGCCCCCCGAGCCCAUUCCCCGAGGCAGGGCUGCUCGGAUCUCGCUGUCACAAGCCCUCCCGGCCGUGCCGGAGCUGCUUUCCCAGCAGGAAUCGCUGGGUGAUUCUCAUCCCUCAGACUAUGCCGCAGCCCAGGCCAUGGCGGGGUCCGGAGAGGCUUUGGUGCUGCACGUGCUGCUCUGCUGCCUGUGCCCGGAUCCCCCGCGGCUGGCCUUGGGCGCUGCCAGGGGUGCAGGGCUCUCCCCACCCAGCAUCGCUCCUGACCCGGGGUUUACCCGCACCCCACGGGGGCUCCAGGCCCCAUCCCCUCGCCGCUGCACCCCGGGGAGCAAAGCAGCUCCCGCCGAGCCCCGGGGGCUGCGGCAUCCCGGGAUGCCCCCGGAGCUCACCCGCUUUGGCGCAGGUGCCGCAGCCCUGCGGUGCAAGGGGCGCGUCUGGAUCGAGCCCUCGCCGGUGGUGCGGAUGGGCUCCGACGUCUCCAUCGGCUGCCAGCCCGACCCGGGCUGCCCUUCGGCCCGGCUCCGCAUCCUCCUCAACUACAGCCUCGCCGCGGACCUGUCGGGCGGCGCCACCCGGCUCCUGCUGCGCGAUUUUCGGACCCCCUUCGUCACCGUCAGCUGCUUCUCCCGCUGCCCCAGCACCGGCUGGCACAGCCUGGUGUGCGGCACGGAGCUGCGGGCGGGCUACCCCCCGGACCCCCCCGGAAACCUGAGCUGCGCCAUCGCCGAGGGCUCGGGGAGCCUGGAGUGCGGCUGGGAUGGAGGGAGGGUCACGCACCUGCACACCCGGAACAGCCUCCACCUGCGCAGGCUGGUGGCACAGGACGAGGAGGAUGAGGAAGAAAAGAUCUUCCCUGCAGACUCACCAGUGCCGCUGGGAGAGCUGCGCAACCAGAGCCGUUACUCGGUGUGGGUGCAGGCCAGCAACGCUCUGGGCACCGCCCGCUCGGCCCCUCAGCACCUCAGCCUGCAGGAGCUCGUGAUCCCGGCUCUGCCCGUGCCCAUCGGCGCCGACACCACCGAGUCGUCCCCUCCCAGCACCACCACGCGCUGGAGGAGCCGGACGCGGCUGCGGAACGUGCGCUGCGAGGAGAGGCACAGGGCCGCGGGCGCCCCGGAGUGGCACGUGGAGCCGUGUGACGAAGCGGCUCUGGAGGGCCCGCGGUGGCGGCACGAGCUGCAGAGUGACACCGAGUUCGUGUUCCAGGCGCGGUGCCGGCUCGGCACGGCCCGCAGCCCCUGGAGCGCCUGGGCCCCCCCGUUCCGGUACCGCACCCCCGAGGCAGCCCCCGCCGCCGCUCCCGCCGUGUGGCGGCGCCUGGGCCGCUCCCUGCCCAACGGCAGCCACGAGGUGACGGUGUUGAUCAAGCCGCUGCCAGCCCGGGAUGCCCGCGGGAGGAUCCUGGGCUACGCCGUGUCCGCCGAGAGCCGCCGGGGCGCGGGGCUGCUGUGCCUCACCUCGGGCACGGAGUGCACGGUGCUGGCGCCGCCGGGAGCCCGCGGCCUCCUCGUCACCGCCCGCAACGCCAAAGGAGCUUCCAGCCCCGCCCGCAUCCCCCUGAGGCUCGGGGAGGCUCGGGGAGAAUUCCCAGCACCGGGGGCCGUGGAGGUGAAGCCUGAGAACCAGAGCAGGGUCCUGGUCCAGUGGCAGCCGCCCCAGCACAGCCAGAGCCCCCUGCUCUGGUUCAUACUGGAGUGGCUUCCCAGCUCCCAGCACGGCCAGGAGCAGCAGUACCUGUGGGAAAGAAUCCCACCCCAGCAAACACACACCUACAUCCAAGCAGAGGCGGCGGCCGGAGCCCCCCGGCUCGUGUCGCUGUACGCGGUGUAUCCCGACGGGAUCAGCAAAGCCAGCUCCAGCCCAGCCCCUCUGGAGGAGCCGCUCCUGGGCAGCGCCUACGGCCAGAUGUCCCAGGACGAGGACAUCAGGCUUUUCUUGGGACUCAGCCUCAGCACGGUCGGAUUUUCGGUUCUUUUUGCAGUGGUGCUGUUUAAAAAGUCGGUCAGGAAAAGGGUUAAGGCCGCCCUGGUGCCCCUCUUGCCAAAGUGGCUGCUUGAGGACUUCCCCCACAUGGAGAACAGCAGCGCCGUGAAGUCGCUCCAGGACAAGGGCGAUUUCCCCGGCGAGAGUCUCCACGAGCCGUUCCUGGCCUCCGGCGAUCCCGCGGUCACGGAAAUCGAGGAGGUGCCGGCGUGGGAGCAGCACCAGAGGGACACCAAGGCCAGGGCGGAGGUGCCCGAGCACAGGGAGCUCCCGAGGGCCGUGGAGACCCCCAGAACCCCGUCCCCGGAGCAGCCGGGUGCCUACAAACCCCAGCUCUCCGUCGGGAACGCGCUGGGAUACGUCGCCGCCGGAAUUUACCAGGCGCAGCCGCCCGCGGCAAUCCCGGGACCGGGGACGGGAAUCUUCUCCCAGGACUACACCAGCCCCGUGCCCCAGCUGUGGGAGCAGCAGGGAGGGACGCCCCAGGUGUGUCUGCUGGAGAAGAUCAACCUGGUCCUCAACAGCAGCCAGGCGUUCCCGGUGCAUCCCCAAGGAUCCUUCCCGGAGAACCCCUGGGAGCGGAGGCGGCCCAGCGACGUCCCGGAGCAGAUGCUGGUCCCCGAGGAGCUGCUGUCCUGCCUGAGAGCCACCAGCAGGGAGCCUGCCAAUCCCUGCUUCCCACAGGGCGUUCCGAGAGGGGCUGGAAUUGUGGAUAAAACCCUGGAGCGGUGACCAAGGCCGUGUCAGCGCUGGGAUUGGCAAUGGAAGGACGGGAGCGAAAGCCCGCGUUGGAAUUUUGCCCUCUUACUCCACUGCAGGCCUGGGAAUCUUGGGCCAGCAAAUCCCGGUUUUAACCUUACCUCACUCUGGCAGAAGCAAAAAAAAAACAAACAUAAAGCUUGGAUUCCUGGAAUGCCAAGCUGCAGAUUCCUGCAGGGUGGAAUAUCUUCAAUUACUGC